AUGCCGCUCUUCCGCUGGGGAAGCGCGACCAAAGGAAGCCAUCAGUGCGCCACCUGCGGCGCGAGGCUCAAGUCGAAAAAUCGUUUUUGCCCGGCCUGCGGCGCCGCCCGCGCGGACGAGGACGACACGCCGUCGGCCCCAUCGGCGCCGCCCUGGACGCGCGGCGACGUGGGCGCGCUGCGCAGCGCGCUCGACGCGUUCGAGCGCGACGAGCGCGCCAUGUGCCGCCGCGGCCUCUGGCUCGAGAAGGGCGACGUCGCGCGCAAGGCAGUGGUCAAGGUCUUCGCCCUGGGCGCCGGCGCGCGCGUCGACGGCGGCCAGCGGACGAAGUCGAUCGCGUCGGCCAUCGACGCCGGCGACCCGCACGCCGUCCUCGACGCGGUCGCGGCGCUACUGCGAUCGCGUGCGCCACUCAUACCGGUCGACAAGCGGGCCGCAUGCAUUUCCGCCGCGACCGACACGGACGCGGCCGCCGGCGCCCAGGCGCUCGACGCCCUGCUGGCGGGGCUCGCGAGCCUCCACCACCAGGUGCUCGAGCGCCUCGCCCUGCACCUCGGGCGGCUCGUGCGGCGCCAGCGCCUGAACGGCGCGUCGUGGCGGGGCCUCGCCCUGAUGGUCGCGCCCCUCGUCUUCGGCCGGGGCUGCGCCUCGAGCGCCGACGAGGCGAUGCGGGCGACCGUCGCCUGCGAGCGGCUCCUGCGCGUCGUGAACGCGGCCGCCGGCGGGCCCGCGUCGCCGCCCCGCCCGUCGCCCGCGGCCCUGCGCCGGCGCGCCCUCGCGGACGCGGCGGUCGCGGAGGCGACGCGCCAGGCGGCCGCGCCGUCGGACGAGGAACCCGCGAGGCGGCGCGUCUCGUUUGAGUCGCCCGUCCGGCGCGAGGUCGCGGUCAUGGCCGCGGCGCCCGUCGCCGUCGCGGCGGCGGCGAAGAAGCACCACCACGCGGCUUGGAAGAAGCCGAAGCCUCCGCCGCCGCCGCCCCGCUCGAAGGACGCCUCCUUCGACGCGAAGCUGUCGAAGAUCCGCGAGGCCAUCGCUGCCCGAGAGACGCAGCAGCAGCCCGCGCCGGCCCCGCCGACCUUGCGGCGCGAGGUCGCCGUCGCGCACGCGCCGCCCGCGACUCCGGUGGCUCCUGCGAAACGCCAACACCACGAAAAACAACCGGCGACGAGCUCCGGGACCCAUAAGCCUACCGGUCGCAUGCAGCGGCGGGCCGCUCGGGAGGUCCCCCCGGAUCCGGCGCCGGUCGCGGCGCCGGCACCUCCUCCGGAGCCCGUCGCGACGCCUCCUUCAGCCCCGCCGGAACCAAAACCGGUCGCGACGCCACCGGCACCGGUCCGCACCUUGCCGACGAGCUCCGCGACGGAGAAGCGCCGCGGGUUCCGGCGCUGCCGCGUCGUCCACGACUUCGCCGCGGAGCACGAAUCGGAGCUCUCAGUCGCCGCGGGGGACGUGGUCCUCGUGCGGGCCGCGUGCCUGAAGAAAUGGGACGAGUGGGUCUUCGCGAGGGAGGUCGACGGGGGCGGCGAGGGCUACGUGCCCCACCAGUACGUGCGGGAGCUCUUGUGAUAAGCAUAUCUGUUGCGUUA